AUGUUUAGCUCUAGGCCUCUGUGGGGACCCAUCUCAGCUGGGCUGGACGGGGCGGCGGAAGAGAAGGAGGCGGCGCGGCACGCCGAGGAGCUGCUGGCGGAGGUCGAGGCUGAGAAGAAGCGCGCCAAGGGCAAGAAGGGCAAGAAGAAGAAGAAGGGCGGAGGGGCGGGCGGGGCUGGGCCGUCGCAGGAGACGGAGGAGGGUGCCGAGGCGCCGUCGGAGGCAGCCGAGGCUGCGAAGAAGGCCGAGGAGGAGAGGAUGAUGAGGCUUCUCGAGAAGUGUCACGAGGAGAGGAUGCGGUUCGGCAUCACGGCAGAGAGCCAGGCGGCGGCGUCGGCAGCGGUGGCCGAGGCGGUGCGCUUGGACGCUGAGGCGGACGAGGCGGAGGAGGAGGCGGAGGCGGACAAGGCGGAGGAGGUGGCGGCCGUGGCGGCGCUGGCGGCUGCCGAGGUGGCGAGGGCGGAGGCCAGGGCGGCGCAUGCGGAGGCCAGUGCGGCGCAUGGAGAGGCCAAGGCUGCGUUUGAGAAGAUCAAGGCGUCGCUAGAGGCGGCGGCGGCGGCACUGAGCGGGACCGGGUCGGCGCUGGAGGGAAGCGAGACAGCGCUCGAGGAGGCGGCGGCCGCUGCGGAGGCGAGGGGUGCCGCUGCGGCCGCGUCGAUGGCCAGGGCGGUUGCAGCCAGGAUGGCGGCGGAUUCGGCCCAGGAGCGCUCAUAG